AUGUGGCAAUCAAAAACCCCCAGCAAACCCAUCCCCGAAUACUUGGAGCUUCAAAACGUGGGGCAGCCGGAGGUAGCCGGACGGGAAACCGUAGAGUGGGCAAAGCAAGAGCUAGCGCAGCGUUAUCCUAAUUUCGAGGCCAACGACGUAAAACUUACGGAACGCGAAAACAAAGUCCUCAUAAGCGUCAAAGACAUGAGAUACCCCGACAAGAACCGCUGGACAAAACCACAGCUUCUCUUUGAUGAAAAUGACUCGGUCAAGGUUAACGUGGCAAGAUUAAGGGGUUUUCAAGAGACUACCCGAAGUGCGUUGGACCGGCUGGAAACCCUUAACGAAAGGGUUGCGCUAGAAAAACGCGCCGAGGAGCUGCAAAAGGCGUUGGAGAAAAAAGACGCAGAAUACGCAAGGCAAAGUCAACUACUCGCUGAUGCUGAGAAGGGGUCUGCCCAUCGAGAUGAAAGAAUGAAAGAAAUGAGGGAUCAUUUAGAUAAAGCCCUGCGUGAAAGAGAUAAAGCACAAAGGGAUCUAGAAGAAUCUCAAAGCUCUGGCACCUCAACGGAAGCGCUGCGAGAAACGCUGGAAGAAAGGGAGGAAGAAUACAUGAAGCAAAACCAACGGCUUGCCGACGCGCAUAGAAGGGAGGUCGAAUUCAAAGAUCAAGAAAUAAGGGAGCUGGUAGAACAAAGGACUAAAAUUCGGCGUGAAAGAAAUCAAGCUCAAAGGGCUCUUAACCUCGCCCUGCAAGAGUUAGACUUAACUAGAGACGACGCUAAGGACCUGCAAACUACCAUAGCUGGCUCUUUAGAGGAAAGGCGGCGGUUGGUUGGCGAAAUCAACACCAAAGAGGAGCAAAUCCGACAAAGAGAUCAGGCCAUCGAAGACCUGGAGGGGCAAAUAGAGCGACAGCAAGAAGUAAUCGAGGACCAAACUCGUGCCGAAGAGGAAAGGGAGGCAGCUCGAAAGGAAGUAGAAACGCUUGAGGACAUCACGAACAGCUAA